AUGGUCCGGACCCACAAACGAAAACGGAAUGAAGGACUUCCAAUGUCAUCACCGAGCAAAAAGGAGGAUGGAUCAGUAGACAAUUGGUCAACCAAAAACAGUAUGCUUAGCUAUGAGAAUGAAUCGUCAGAGAACAUUCCACAAACGAUGGAAAACAAACAUGACAAUUCUGGGGAUACAAUUGACAUCAACACGGUGCAGUCCACGCACCCAGAAAGUCGGAACAAGCAACCCAACAACAGCAACAACGAGACCGACGAAGACAAAAAUGACAGCGAUUCUGAAUCUGAAAUUGAAUUCCUCCUCACGAUUUUGCCUCCGUCUCCCAAUAUUCCAACCAAAACAAGACCUUUGGCCAAGUUGCAAUCCGCACUAUCAACACCUAGAGACAAGAGACUCAAGCAACCGAGUCGAUGUAUGGAAAGUAGCGACAGUCGCCCAUCUUCCAAUUUCAUAUCGCCAUAUCAUCAACAGCCUUGCAGCUUUACUAAUAAAGACAGAGUUUCACCGGAUAGCAGACAACCCAACGACCAUCAUCAUGAUCCUCAAAACUCCCUAAUGAAGCGCACAAACCAAUGCUCUAAUCAAACAAUGGCUGGUAAUGUUGGCACCAACCCCACUAUAUCCAAUGACAGCAGACAAACAAAUUCCAACAGAGCGCAUACGGCCAAUGUUUCACCGCUACCGACAACCGAAAACAAACUGAAUCUGAAUAUUGACAGCAAUGAUCGAAGGAAGAUUGAAGAUACAGAAGAGGAAGAACGUAAGACUACAGAAUCAUUUGCGGGUCAGUCGAGGUUUAGACGUUCUGCCUACCUUCAGUCCCUUGCAGAGAUUUGCCAUGCUAUUUUGUGGGAUGCUCGAUGGAGAGUGGGUCCACAACAGAAGCGAUUGCUGGAAUGGGAGAAAGGGGAUGAUCUAAGUGCCAUUUACACAUUAGCGGAGCGAUACAUCCCCAUUGACAUUCCGAAACCACCACAUUGGAAGGGGGCUUCGACUGAGAAAACACCCAUGUUGGUUGGUGGUGGGAGCGACCAAGAUGAAUCAAACCAAACAACAACAGUAGAAAAGUCACUGAUAUCACUACGAGAACUAGAUUAUGGUGUCACGGCAAACGCUACAACUGAGAGUCAUUCGAACGACAGUAACAUUAAAGAUUCCAACGAUUUGUCAGACCUAAACUUAAGUUCAGAUGGCGAACAUGCCUACACUGGAGAUUCAGAAGAAGAAGCAUACGAUCGGUGUCUAAACUUGUACUGUCGACUCUUUUAUCGCAAGGGACCCUAUUUCCGAGUGGAUGAUAUUUUUAAGUACUACAGGGCCAAUUUAAAGAAGAUUCAGCCAAAGAAAGCUGUCACCCCAGAAAUGCCAUGGAAGGAUGGCGCCGAGGAAAUUGAAAAAGAUAACAGGAAGAGUUUUUUCCGUCCACAGAAGAAGAAGGCGAGCAAUUCAGAUGUUGAUCCCAUCGAGAACAGGGUCGCCAGAAACACGAUUUGCGACGACAUGUUGUUGGACAUUGACUUAUUGCACGGUCAACUAAAUGAAAUUCGUGUUUUUGUCGAGGAUUGGAAGAUGCUGCAUAAGAUGGGGCUCUUGCGCACAUUUACCGAUGAAGAAGAAUGUGGGAGGACAGUUGGGAAAAAUACCAAGAAUGGUAUUUUGAAGCAGGAUGAGCAGUGUCAAAUUUUGCAGUUGCUAGGCUGCAAGAAGUCUUCCAACGACCAAAAGACAAAUCCAGGUCCAAUCAGUAAUUCAGAAAAUCUGGUUUGGAAGCAAAUGACCCAUCAAACGUCCAUCCAAUCAACCAUAUCUCCUGGCAUACAAAGAAGAAGAAGACGAGGUUGUGUUUUACCUGUCAUCAAGCACAUGAAUGCAACUAUUUUAUAUAGCUGGGCCAAAUCCGUAGUGCUCAAGGCAUCUAAAAAGGACUGCAUUCCAACAGCUAACCUUCAAUCACUUACUAUGGCUGUGAAGGGGAAACUCUUGGAAAUCGUUGGGUCCCGUACUGAGGCCGAUGCCUUCCCUUGCUGCUCACGACUUCGAGAACAACCAUUGACCACAUUGAGACGCUGUUUUCGACUUUACCUUUGUGCAACAUCGGGACCUGGGAACAUGCAUGGAGAUGAUAACACAGCAUGGAAAAGCUUGCCCGAAUCGCACUCCAAAGACCUCACUAAGCUCCCACUCCAGCAUUUGAUACACCCCCCAGGAUCUAAUUGUUGGAACAAGAUUUCGUGUCCAGGAAAGGAUUAUCGCUUCAAAAUAAUAAGUUGCAACUUUUUGACGGCACACGAGCCAUUAGACUUGGGAUGUGACGAGAACUGCGGGACGAAGUAUGAUCAGAAACUAGUCCAGGUGUUUCCGACUUUGGAAUCCUUCUCAGCUUGGGAAAUCACUGUAGAUUUAAGGGCAAAUGUUGAUUACCUGAUGACACUUCGCGACGUGUUGCGAUACAACGAGAGAAAAAGAUCGAGACAGCAAAACGAAGUGCGCAGUGACGGGGACAAUGAAUUCGAGUUAAAUUUUGAGUCAGUCAGCGUUGAUUUCCACGACUUGUUGACUCCAAAUGGCCGGGAAAGGACGCUCCGAAAGCUUUGUGUUGACUUGGAGCCGAAAAAUUUGGCAAUAGACACUUUGAUCGAAAACAUCGAAAAUGAUGUUGGCAAGUUGGAAGCAGGAUUUGCCGCGGAGACCAGUCGCAAGCUACAUGUUGAAUGCGACAAAAUUUUGGCAGUGGUUGCUGUUAUUGCCCUGCACACUCUCGCCGCUUGUAAUAUUCACUCGAUUGAGCAAAGAUUGCUUCUUUAUGAAAAGCGGCCAUGGCUACGACAUUUGCGCUGGGAAGGGUGCCUUGCAUACAUUCUUUGGGAUACAGUCAAGACUCUCGAGUGCAAAUUGGAUGGUUUUUAUGAGCUCGCCGUAAAGGCUCUCUGUGUCCUGUUGUUUGGGAAGGCUGCCAUGCCUUCUGAGCUAGUGACCCACACAAUGCAAGAUGCAACGUUGAUGCCUCUCCUUUUAUCAAGGAGGACAAAAGGGAAAGCUUACGAACGACUCACUUUGGACUAUCUCCAUCAUCUUAGGCAAAUGCGAAAGAAAAAACAACAGGAGGCGACGGUGCACACAAAGUUAGGAAUCAAGGAGAAGCUAACCUCGACAAAGCGGAAGUCAAGAGAUUACGCGGCGAGAAAAAAGGAGCCCACUCCAAAUGAAGUGGUUGCGAGUUUCAACAAAGCGCUAAUCGAAGUGUGUGUCGAGAGAGCCCAAAUCCCAUUUUCUGCAAUACGGACACUAGCACGACGUCUGAAAAGUCCGCUGAAAAAAACGCUGGAAGGAAGAAAUUCUCCAGAAGCUGCUGAGCUGGGUCAUCGCUACUCAAAUGAUUCAGAUGUUUCCUUGGCUACAACUGAUACUCAGUAUAGUGAUUGGACUCCAACCACUGACCACGCCGUGGCCAAUUCGAUUACUACUGACGGAGAUUUUGUUGGACGGAGAUGUAGUUACAUCAGUUUUGAAGAGAACUCGGUCAACCGUGGGUCGUUAAAUGUCGAAGGGCUUGCGAUGGAAUUCUAUCGAACAGGAAGAUUACCGGUUGUGGAUCGUUCUGCCCAUAGCGGUGGAUGGGUUGGUUGGCAUGAUGAGGGAGGGAAAGUUCGACAACUGUGGCGGAUCCUUUCAUCUUGUAGCGUCCUUGGGAUGGACUCUGGCUCCAAAGAAAAUAUUCCGACCCUCGAAAUGGCCACAAUUCACUUGACUCCAUACCAAAGUGCUCCAUUUGACUUGCACUGUGGCGCGGAAAUGAACACCGGUAUGGUGGCUAGGAGAGGUUUCUACGAGCGCCGAAAGCACUUAAUCGAGGCUUUUCUGAAUGAAGUUGCAUCCUUGAAACCUUCCGAGGUCGCGGAUCUGGUGUAUAAAUCGGUCCAGAAUCGCUUCGUGUUCUCUUCUGGGCAUUCGGAUCCAACGCUUCGCCUUGACAUCAAACAAGUGCGCAGUUUAUCCCUGCUCGCCGCUGGAAUGGGGGGGACCUUGCUCUCCGCCAUCUGCAGGUGCUUCUUUUAUGACUACCGCCAUUACAGUGGGGGAUUGCCUGACCUGACGCUUCUAAGAGUUCUGUCAGAAGGCAAUGUAGUAGACCUUGGAGAAUGGGUUGGAGAAGGAUUUCACCCGGAUAAUCAAAAGGGAGAGAGUGUGCUUGAUGAUAGAGAUAGUGAAUUUUUGGGAUGCAAUAAGGUUGGAGAUUCUCGCAUGAUACGUGGGCAGCGCAAAACACAGAGCUCAAUUGACAACCAAUGUAGCCAAGAAAAAUUGACAAUGCCACCAAGAUUGGAUCUUUCGUGGAAUGGAAGUCCAGUAACCGUUGAAUGCAUGUUCUCAGAGGUGAAGUCGGCAAACGACAGACUAGAUGCCCGCCAGGAAGAUUGGUUGAACAUUUUGGAUAUUCAUGGAAAUGCUCGGGUUUGCAAGUUUGGUGGCAAAGAAAAGUAA